AAGCUUGCUCAAACUCACGUUGAUUGAAUCAGUGAUGCCAUCCAACAGUGAUUGUUGCUGUUCAGUCACUGGCAAAUGCUCUCGGCAAGUGCCAAUCUGUAGAUCUGUAGUUGAUACCAGGAACUGUUUUAAAUGCUUUUCAUAUAAAUUGUUUAAUUAUCCUAAAAUUGUGAGAUGCUGUUGGUCAACUGCUAAGUCAUGGCUGACCCUUUGUGACCUCAUGGACUGCAACAUGCCUGGCUACCCUGUCCUUCACUAUCUCCCAGGAUUUGCUCAAAUUCAUGUCCAUUGACAUGUCCAUAUGCACUGUUAUUAGCCUCAUUUUCCGAUGCAGAAACCAGAAAACAAAGAACUUAAAUGACUUAUCCAGAGUCACACAACUAAGAGGUGUUUUCUUCACCAAACUAGAAUUCGGUAGGUUACCCAACAUCCCUGGUUUUCAUGGUUAAAAAAAAAAAGCCAAGAUUAUACACCUUAAAGAGAAAGGCAACUUUUGCUUUUGCCAAGUAAAAUAAAAGGAAAACGUAUAUCCUUUUCCCCAUCCAGUACACUUGGUUUUUCAGUUUUUGCUCAGGAUUGAAGAGACUGAAGAGAGUCAACAGACUGAUGUUUAUAAACACGUGGACGUCCAUGACAUAAUGCAGUUUCGACAAAGCACAAGUAAUCCUAGGAAACUACAGAGCUCAGGCUUAGCCUUCUAUUCAUCUGGAGCUUCCGGACCUGGGCAACUGUAAAACUCACAGUAACCAUGAAGACACUCUCCCGUUAGCAAUCCUACUCGGGAUUUCAUGACAAGGGGUCCCACUCUAAGCCCUGGGUCCCAACACCUCUUGAUGCGCUCAACCUUCUCAGCUAAACUUAUUAAGACCUAGAUGCUUCAGAUUCGAAACGUCUCUGGUUAGGUCCUCUCUAGCCCGGGCCCGUCUCUAUGGUUUCUUGUGUGGGGCGCUCUAGCCUGCGCAGAUUGAGACGUCGCGGCGGCCUUGCUAGGCUACUGGAGGCUCCCGAGGUCGCCUCGCUGGUCACGCGGUCGCCCAUGGAGAACCUGCACAAGUUGCUGCUCGCGGGCGCAGUGCUGGGCGCCGGGGCUGGCGUGGGCACCGCGCUCUUUGCCCUUGUGACCCCGGGAGAGGAGCGGAAGCAGGCGAUGCUGAAGGAGAUGCCGGAGCAGGACCCGCAGCGCAGGGACGAGGCGGCCAGGACCAAACAGUUACUGCUGGCCACUCUGCAGGAAGCAGCGGCCACGCAAGAGAACGUCGCCUGGAGAAAGAAUUGGAUGAAUGGCGGCGGCGGGAAGUCAGCCUGAGACAGAAUCUGCCCGCCUGGGCGCCGGGAUUUAUGCUGCAGCGCAGGCUCCCAAGCCGGCCUGACUCCUCCGUGGGCCGGCGGGGAGUCCAGACCCGGAUCCCAAGCGCAGGCCUCUCCGUGACUUGGGGAGCUGCCGCCGGGUGAGCGCACUCUCUCCCAAAGCUUGCACGGACUACGUUUUAACGUCCACAUCGCGGGCUGUGGCUAACUGAAGGAAUCAAUAAACCAUGUUCCUCCAUCCAGAGAGUGAGCCCUGCGGUUGGACGCCCAUAAAAGCCAAGUGUUCUGCGGGUCUGUGCUGCGGCGGGGCUGGAGUGCGGCUGCCGCCUGCCACGCCCGCCCCAUGCGAGGCUGAAUCCCAAUCGACAUUUUCAAAACACAAGUCAGGGCCUGUUGUUUGUGGGAGUGGAUAACCAAGUGACGUUCUUGAGAUUAUAACUAGCCUGGAAACUCUUGUGCAAUAAACACCCACCGAGGACA